UGAAAGUGAACUGUGUUAAAAAAAGCGGGAAAGGCGGCGAAGAAGCAGCAAAAGGAGAAACCCGGAGAUUUAUCAAGCUGACAACAGUCAGAGCAAGAGUGACCGUUAAAGGAAAAACCCGAAGGCGCGAGUUUCUCUGACAGACUCUGAGCUGAGCGCGCACGCGAGAGGAGCUGCGCUGUCGACCGGAGUUACUCAUCAAUUUUCACAUUCUCUGGGAACUUAUCAGGGUUACAGGACGUUUACAAGCCAACUGCUUAAACCGAACAUUGAAGGUUUAAGACUGUCAUGAAAGGAGAAAAUUGUUUAUAACGUGGAUUGCUUUCCAUCAUUUUGAAUCACAACCACAGCUUUCUUCUGUGAGAGGAGGGGCAGUUUGUUUAAAUGCUGCAGUGGACAUGGACUUUUCUGGAAAUUUUCCUGAACGCUUCUUGAACUUCUCAUGGAGGCUUAAGCCACACCGCUGUCUCUUCAUUAAUCUAUAGGGAGACGUCACCGUCGCACAGCAACCCCUGAGAAAUACACCUCCACAUCACCUGAUAGAAUCUCCAUCCACGGGCGAAAAUUUGGAGACCCCAAAUCCCACAUGUUGCUUAUAUCAGACAAGCAAUAUAUAUUUAUAUGACAAUAUAAACCCACUGGAUCAUCCAGAAUUGCUGUUUAUAUGGAGCGAUAACUGGGCGUCACUCACAAGAGCGAAUAGGGGUUAGAGGGCUGCCUGUUGUGAUUUAAUGUAGUAAAGCAGAGCAAAAAAAGAGAAAUUGAACCUUUUAAUGCAAAUGAAGCAACCUUUAUUCCAUGACGGAUAUCUACUUUGUUGCUGGAGUUGUUGCUGGAUGGGAAAACAAUUCUAAGACACAGCCAGCAUUUUCUCACAUUGUAUUCUCUCGUUAAGAGUUUCUAUUUCACCAUAGUCCUUUUUCCUUCCCAGAGAUCAUUCUGGCCGGGCCUGUUUCUUCUAAAGGAGAGGAGGACUUCCUCUCUAUCGCUGCCUCACGCCUCAGCCGCAGGAAGCGCGUUAUUGGCGCGGCAGUGGGUGUGGCCAUGGUGCUGGUGCUACUGGUCACUAUUCCACUAUUGGUCCACAGCACCAAACUAGGUGGUUCUGGUGGUGGAGGUACACAUUAUGAAAUGCUUGGCAGCUGCAAGAUGGUCUGUGACUCUUUAACACCCACUAAUGAACUAACGCCUGUUUCACCUCCUCCUCACGACAUCCCUGGACGCAAAGGAGGAGCCAAGUCUGGUUUUCGUGGAAACCAAGGCCUACCAGGUCCCCCCGGUCCACGUGGGCCACCUGGAGAACCAGGAAAACCAGGUCCACCUGGACCUCCAGGUCCAGGCCCUGGGGGAUACAUCCCAUCCUUCUACAGCCCCAAAAUAGCCUUCUAUGCUGGUCUGCGCAAGCAACAUGAGGGGACCGAGGUACUCAAGUUUGAUGAUGUGGUGACAAAUGUUGGGAAUUACUAUGAGCCUACCACAGGCAAGUUCACCUGCCCUCUUCCUGGAAUCUACUUCUUCACUUAUCACGUGCUCAUGAGGGGUGGAGAUGGAACGAGCAUGUGGGCCGACCUCAAGAAAAAUGGACAGGUGAGGGCCAGUGCGAUCGCUCAGGACGCAGAUCAGAAUUAUGACUACGCCUCUAACAGUGUGAUCCUGCAUUUAGAUGUGGGGGAUGAGGUCUGUGUGCAGCUCGAUGGAGGAAAAGUGCACGGUGGAAACACCAACAAAUACAGCACAUUCAGCGGCUUUCUCAUCUACCCCGACUAGCAUACUGUACAAAAACACAGAUACAUGAUCACUUAUUUAAUGCCAGUGAAUAAGCAACAUAUACUAGUGAAACAACAUGAUAUAACAUCAAGAGUCAUUUUAAUUUUUCUUAGA